AAUGUCAAAACAACGUGGUAUUUGUUUUGUUGUUCAGGUUGAACUGCAUUGUGCACACAUGUGUUAUUUAGUUUAUAAAAUUUUAAUCUAGUUUUAAAGUAUAAUGCCUCCAUUUAGACGUGGUUUAUUAAAAAGAAAAAGUACUGCAGAGGAUAAACAAACGACCGUUUCAAAAGAUGAAUCGGAUGAUGAGGGUGGGUGGUCCAGAGAUGAGGAGUUGAUCCGUGGUGAGCUGGACGGCGGAGAAGACUCCACAGACUCGGAGCGCGAGCGGGAGAGUGACUCCGGCUCGGACCAUGAACAGGAUGAAGUCCUGUUUGAUGAUGAUGUUGACUCUACACUUGGGGAUGAAAAUGGCGCAGGUAGUGGAUCAGAGGAAUCUUCAGAUAUAACAGAUUCAGAAGAAGAUGAAGACUCAGAUGAUGAUAAUAGUAAUGAAGAUGAAAGUGAUAAUGGCGAAGAGUCACAAGAGAGUGUGGACAGCGGUGCUGAGUCCAGUGCCGGCCUCACUGCCUCCAGUGACGAGGCUGACAAGAAAGAGAAGAAAGAUACAAUUAGUAGCAACAAAGAAAAGAGACAGAAGGCUGUAAACCCUGAAACCAGCAAAAGAAAAAAACCAACAAGUGAGAAGGCUGAACAAAAACAGAAAGAAACUAGUAGGGAGAGGGUUGAACAGAAAGGGAAAGGAGAAGGCAGUAAGAGCAGUGUGGACUUGCUGUCUGAGAAGAUCAAGGAGACCAGGGUUACUAUCAAACCUGUUGAAGAGAAGGACGAGUACGAGUCGGGCGACACGUCGGACGAGGAGGACCGCCGCAACCCGGCGGGGGACGUGCCGAUGUGGUGGUACCGCGAGUACCCGCACGUCGGCUACGACCUCGACGGCCGCAGGAUCAUGCGCCCGCCGCAGCGCGACGCCAUUGACGACUUCCUCAGGAAAUGCGAAGAUCCAGAAUUCUGGAGAACAGUCCAGGAUCCGACCACGGGACAGGACGUGAGGCUGAGCGCUGAGGACCUGCAGCUCAUACAGCGCAUCCGCCAGGGCAUGCUGCCCGACCCGCGCCACGAUGAGUACCAGCCAUGGGUGGAGUGGUUCUCCCGCGAGGUGCUGGCCGCGCCGGUGCGCGCGUUCCCGGAGCACAAGCGCUCGUUCCUGCCGUCGCGCGCCGAGCAGCGGCACGUGGCCAAGCUGGUGCACGCGCUCAAGAUGGGCUGGAGCAAGACCAGGAAGGAGAUCGCCAGGGAGAGGCAGCGGAAGAAGGAGAAGCAGUUCUACAACCUGUGGGGCUCCGCGGAGGAGACGCCGCGCGGCGUGCACAAGCACAUCCCCGCGCCGCGCCGCGCGCUGCCCGCGCACGCCGAGAGCUACAACCCGCCGCCGGAGUAUCUGCUGGACGAGAGCGAGAUGAAGGAGUGGGAGAAGCUGAGCGAGACCCCGUGGAAGCGGAAGUACACGUUCCUGCCGACGCGGCACGGCAGCCUGCGCGCGGUGCCCGCCUUCCCGCGCUUCGUGCGCGAGCGCUUCCUGCGCUGCCUCGACCUCUACCUGGCGCCGCGCGCGCUCAAGAUGCGGUUGACUAUCAGCCCGGAAGACUUGGUGCCGAAGCUGCCUUCCCCCCGCGACCUGCAGCCGUUCCCCACGAGCGAGUCGCUGGUGCUGCGCGGGCACCAGGGGCUGGUGCGCGCGGCCGACUUCGACCCCAGCGGGCAGUACGUGGUGUCGGCCGGCGACGACGGCACAGUCAGAGUAUGGGAGACAAGCACGGGCCGCUGCCUGCGCACCAUCGCCGUGGCGCCGGCGCUGGCGGGCGAGGCGGGCGGCGUGCGCUGCGUGCAGUGGGCGCCCGUGCGUGCGCUCAGCGUGGUGGGCGCGGCGGCGGGCGGCCGGCUGCUGCUGCUGAACCCGGGCGCCGACAUCGGCGCGCACGCGGUCGCGCGCCGCACCGACGAGCUGCUCAUGGAGCCGCCGCCGCAGAAGAUGACCAUGGACGCCCGCACGGCGUCGUGUAUCACGUGGGACGCCGUGAGCGCCGACGAGUGGGCGCUCGGCAUCAGGCUCGCCAUCACGCACUUCAAGCCCAUCACGCAUAUAUCGUGGCACGCGCGCGGCGACUACGUGUGCGUCACGCUGCAGGACGCGGCGUCCCGCAGCGUCGCCGUGCACCAGCUGUCGCGCCGCGGCUCCCAGCUGCCGCUGGCCCGCGCGCGCGGCGCCGUGCAGUGCGCGCUGUUCCACCCCGCGCGCCCGCAGCUGUUCGUGGCGACGCAGCGCGUGGUGCGCGUGUACGACCUGGUGAAGCAGCAGCUGGUGCGCAAGCUGCAGACGGGCGCGCAGUGGCUGUCGGCGCUGGCCGUGCACCCCGCCGGCGACAACCUGCUCGUCGGCUCCUACGACAGGAAGUGUCUCUGGUUCGACCUGGAGCUGUCGGGGCGGCCGUACCAGACGCUGCGGCUGCACGGCUCGGCGGUGCGCAGCGUGGCGUUCCACGCGCGGUACCCGCUGUUCGCCAGCGCCGGCGACGACCCCUACAUCGUCGUGUCGCACGGACAAGUCUACAGCGACCUGCUGCAGAACCCGCUGCUGGUGCCGCUGAAGCAGCUGCGCGCGCGCGGCGCCCGGCCGCCCCGCGUGCUGGCGCUGCGCUGGCACCCCGCGCAGCCCUGGCUGCUCAGCGCCAACGCCGACGGCACGCUGUCCAUGUACACCUAGCGGGGCCUUGUAUAUACAUCUACAUCAUUAAAUGUUUUAUUGUAAA